UUUGUUUUGGUUUUGUGCUUGCUCUUUUGCAGUGCUGUAAAGCGUCGAACAAUAACAUACCACUGACAUAUUAUUUGCCGCUUUUAGGUUGGGAUGCACAAGAUAGGCAGUGUCCACUGUAACUGAACACGUUGUGCCAAUCAAUGCACUGUCAUCCAGUGUUGUUUCAAAUGAACAAGGUAAACAUGAAGUUUGUUAUUAAAAAUAUAGCUAAAAGCUCUGGACGCCUUGGCCAACUGAGAAUUAAGGAGGAUGUGGAGCUGAGCACACCACUGCUGAUGCAGACCACCAAAGGUGGCAGCAUACCCUAUUUAAGCGCCGAAGUAUUUGAAAUGCUGUUAAAACAGCAACAACAGCAACAAUUUUUGUUACAACUUACACUAUGUAGUAUGGAUCAAAUGGCCGAGUCCUUGGGACAAUGGAGUCGCAGCCUGUGCGACUACGUGGGGUAUCCGGGGCAAAGUACGCUGCUGCUGCUGCGAGAUCCUUGCGAGGCAACGCCAACAGGUGGUAACGAUCGAGACGUGGUGCCGAUGUUCACCAGGCGUGGCAAGGAAGCGCUGACAGCUAAGCGUUAUAUGGAAAUGGUGGCACAGUUUAGGCCAGAUGUAUAUCAGGGCAUGUGCGAUGCAGACACUCAUCCUGAGAGCACCAAGAAGCGCGUCCAGAAAUCUGUAGAUCGCACCGAGAAAUUUAUGGAGGAGUGCUAUGCAGAGCAAGCAGGCAAGCAGGAGAGUUUUAGCCAAUGUACAAUGCUGGCACCACUUGUGGGUGGCUAUAGCACAUAUGCACGGACGCAGUCUAUUCAGCAUGCACGCAAGCAACCAUCGGAGAGCUACGGCGGUUAUAUAUUUGAAGGAUUCCAUACCAAUGGCUUGGCGGCCACCAAUUUAAAAAGCGAACAAUUGCUGCCCAUUGUAGAGCACUGUAUGCAGCAACUGGAGACGGAUAAGCCGCGCUUUAUGCCUGGCGCUUUUACGCCGCCAUUGACAUUGGAACUCAUACGCCUUGGGGCGGAUGUCUUUGAUACCAGCUAUGCCUAUCUAGCUGCUGCUAACUACAAAGCACUUACCUUCAACUAUGACAAGGAUGCAGUGCCGGCAGUGCAAGCAGUGUUCUUAGAUGUUACAGAUGACGAGCUCAAAGAGCAGUUUACGCCGCUGUUGAGCAACUGUAGCUGCCUGGCCUGUCGCCAGCACACACGUGCCUAUCUGCAUCAUCUUUACAAGACGCACGAGCUGCUGGGUCCCAUACUGUUGAUGAUGCAUAAUCUGCAUCAUUAUCUAGGCUUCUUUGAAGUCAUACGUACACAGCUGGCGCAGGAUGAGCUGCCACAGCUAUUGGCGCUGCUUACAAGCCAAGGAAGCUACAGCAUACAGCCUAAUACCAAAGUGAUCGCCAAGGCGGCAAUGGGCAAAGGCUUCAGUUCCAAUGCAGCAUGAGUUUUGUAAAAAAUAAAUCUGUUUA